AAAUUGUUCGUCUAGAAUUCUCUUCUUUUCUCUCCAAUUUGGAGUAAAAUGUCCAUGGCCGGCAUUGUUGUAAUCUUCGAUUUUGACAAUACCAUUAUUGACGUCGACAGCGAUAAUUGGGUUGUUGAUCACUUGGGAGCUACAGACUUGUUCAAUCAGCUCCUCCCCACCAUGCCCUGGAACUCUCUCAUGGACAGGAUGAUGGAUGAGCUUCAUGCUCAAGGCAAGACCAUUGAAGACAUUGUUGAGGCUCUGAAACAGGUUCCUAUUCAUCCCAGGAUUGUCCAUGCCAUUAAUGCAGCCCAUGAUUUAGGAUGUGAUUUGAGGAUUGUUAGUGAUGCUAAUGUGUUCUUCAUUGAGACAAUCUUGGAACAUCUUGGGAUCAGGGAUUGUUUCUCUGAGAUUAACACUAAUCCCAGCUUUGUUGAUGAAGAAGGGAGGCUCAGAAUCUCCCCUUAUCUUGACUUCGCCAUUGCUGCUCAUGGCUGCCAUCUCUGCCCUCCAAAUAUGUGCAAGGGUUUGAUUAUUGAAAGGAUCCAGGCUUCUUUAUCCAAGGAUGGAAGCAAUAAGAAGAUAAUCUACCUGGGUGAUGGCAGUGGUGAUUACUGUCCAAGCUUGAAGCUUGUGGAGGGAGAUCAUGUGAUGCCGAGGAAGAAUUUCCCCGUUUGGGAUCUGAUUUGCCGGAAUCCAAUGGUCGUAAAGGCGGAGAUUCAUAGCUGGAGUGAUGGUGAAGGUCUUGAGAAGAUUCUUCUAAGACUGGUCAACUCAAUUUCAGCAGAAGAUAGCAAUAGCAAUUCUGCUCAAUUGAUUUCUGAAGACUGCAAGUUACAAAUAAUGUCACCUGCUGCUGCAAAUGAGGCUCUGCCACAAGCUCUCCCGGUUCCCCAAUAAUUAAUACAGGAUAAUUUUCAUUUUAGGCGGAUGCAAAUAUGAUAGCAGAGUGGCACAAAAAAGUGUAACAUUGCCCAAGUUACAUGAGUCUUGUGACUUCUUGUUGUCAAUUACGUCAGCCCAUACAAAUGGUGAAGGGAAAAGGAUAAUUUCCCACCCAAGUUUUGUUAAAAUGAUGUAUAUAUAUUUAUAACAGAUCAAAAACUCAAAUAUCCAUUCAAGUUUUAAUUUAUUAGAAUACACCCAUAAAUUUUCCCU